AUCUACAAUAAACGUCUAUACCGAAAGUGAAAACUAUUCACAUAUUGAAUGACUGGAUAAAUCAAAAGCAGCAAUUGAAUAUGUAUUUUCUUGCAAUGGAUGUAUUUUAUUACUAAUGCUAGGUACACAGUGACCCUGGCAACACUUAGCUACACACUAGAGCUAUUUAUCAAAACUUGAAUAUCGCUUGUUAUCUUAAGACACCUCCAAUGAACGACGUUGUUUUUUAUACUUAUCUAAAUAUAAAAACACGAAAGGUUGUUUAUCGAAUGGAAACGCAGAUGGCGAUUGUACUGGUCGCCAUUAAGAUAUAUCAAUGAAGGACUUAAGUAAGUCAUAUAAAGGAUAUGUAGCAGUGUAUCUUCCUCUUAUUAUAAAGGAUAUAAUAGACAGCACACACAAUUGACAAACUGGACUAAUGGGAGAACAUACACCAAAUAUGAUAGUAAAGAUAUUGAACAACCAGGAAGUAAUAAAAUAGUGAGCGUACUUGGAAAUGACUAGGAAAAGCCAUGCAAACAAAAGUAGCAGCUUUUGAAACGAUGAGGAAUUAAGGAAACGAUGCAUGUUACAGAAAUGCCGCUCUACGGCGAGCAUUCAAUGGGAGCGAGUGAAGAGGCAGGUAACGUAGGUGCUCAUCACACUGUAGGACCAUCUGAAAACACCAGAGGUGAUCAUGAAAGGGUAGAAAAUGGACACAGGGCAUCUGUCCCUCUUGAAACUAUAGCUUCUGAUCCGAGCACAGUUUGUGAAGCUAUAUGCCAAGAGGCACAUAAAACAGGAGUGAACUAUCUACAAGAUCUACAGAAGAAAGCCGCGUUGAACAAUGAUAACCGGGAAUAUCUAGGAGGUGAGGCGGGAAUAACAAACUAUGGAUGUUUAGAUCAGUCGAUCAACAAAGGCCUGAACAAGUCAAUUUUAAAUGACGGGGGAGCGCAUGGAUAUUUUAAUCGCAUGGCAAAGGAACAGAGACGAUCAGAAGAAGCUACACAUCAAAUACCAUAUCAGACAAUUGAUCCAUCCUAUAAUAAACACAAUGGUGAACAAAGCACAUUAAGAAUGUAUAUGUCUGCACCUAAACUUUUAAGAGGGGUGACACAGCCCCUGGAUCUAGAGCCAGAAGGUCAAGGUCAAACAACUGUUGAAGCGUUACCUCAAACACGUGGUUUUUAUCCAAUGUAUACCCAAGCUGAGACAGCACUAGUGAAAACAAAACCCAGAAGAAGAAAGAGGAAAAUACCAAUGCAUAUUGAUGAAGGAUUAGAGUAUCGGAAUAAUAAUGGUAAUGUUAAUGAAUCAGGGAAUGUAUUAGUAGUUGAUGCGUUCGUCAAUGCAAUGAAACAAAGGAAAGCAUCCCAAGGGCUUACAGCGGCUAAAUAUGACCAACAGAGAACGCCAUCGAUGUUUCAACAUAUCCCCCAACACGUUAUUCCGUAUCCACAAAGAGACAGCCAAUCCGAUAAGAUAAGGUAUGGUUUCCCUCCUUCAUCAAAUGAAGGUGGCCAAAACAACAAAAACAAUUCUAAUAGUAACGAAAACAAGUAUCCACACCAGCCUGGGCAACACAAAGGUCAAACAUACACAGCAGAAGCUCAAUAUCAGAGUAGCCAGCAAUUACAUCAUCAUAUUAGACAAAGUAUACAACAACAAAUACAAAAUCCACAGUAUUACAAAGAAAAACACCUAUUCAAUGAGAUGCAUGGACUUGGACAAGAAGGUGAGAAGGACGACCAAGAUCCACAUCUAAAUGAAUUUUCAAUUGCGAAAUCUAAACUGGAUCAAUAUUGGAAAACUCCAAUAAAUGCAACAUCAAACGCAGGAAGUUCAGAAUUACUUCCAGCUGAGAGAACUCCCAGUCGUACACAAAUACAUUACACGAAUGGCUCAAAUUAUGCCAAGAGACAAUAUGACAGUCGUCCAUACGAUCAAGAUGAAUACCAAUUUGAGAAAAGUCGAGCUUCUUUCAUGGAAAACCAAACCCAGUUUAUUCCAAAUCCGAUUGACAGAUGUGACACAAGGAAGCCAUCUGAAAAUGGAGCACGAUACCCCAACGAUAAAUUCCAACCUUCGCGAAGACGGAUAGAAUGUUAUGAAGAACGAAAUGAUUAUCAAUAUCAAGAACAAAAUGGUAAUCAAUAUCAAGUACCAAUUGCCGAAUGUCAACUCACAAAUGGAAACAGGACCCCCACUGAAUCAAACAAAAUCUUUGGAAAUAUGAUUCAUCCUUGUCAAACCCGAGAUUCAAAUAUCAGUGCAGACGAUCUUGUGACUCGAGUUCCUAGAAAUGAAGAAAAUGAAAAUGAACCCAUACCCCGCCAUAACGUUAUAUACUUUCCAAGUGCAGAGGAUAGACUACAUAGAGAACAAAUGGUAGCUCAGUGCCAUCCUUAUGUCAGCCUAAGCAAUGGUCAGACACGUGUCUCGAAUUCCCAUCCAGGAAUGAUUGUCAAUGGUCAUAAUCCUGAAACAAAUAACCGCCCACUAAACUAUAGAAAUGGCCCUCCUCCCUUGUAUAAAGUGAUACCUUCAACGAUGCCACAGCCUUGGAAAAUGCACGAGGUGCGUUUUCCACCACAUAUGUACCAAGAUCAGGAACAAAUAAAGGGACAUCGUCGAAAUAGGAAACAAAGGGCGAAAUCAAAUGAUCAAAUCAAAGUUGGGAAAGGAACUAGAAAAAGAGGGCGGCCGAGAAAAAAUGCAUCUGAGGGAAGUACAAGGAAAGACAUCGACCAACCAAGUGAAACAACAAAAGAGCAGGGCUUUCCAAAAAAGACGAUGCUUAACUACAUUCCUCUAGAUUUGUCUACUAAUAAGAAAGUUCAACGUGGUUCAGAUGUUCCCUUCACUAUCCUCGACGGUGAUCAAUCAAAGGAGACACCAGUUGUGAAAACGGCAGAAGAAGGAACAGAGAAUCGAGAUGAAAUUAUAUGUAAUGAAGAUGCGCUAUCUAAAAUUCGUGAGAGCCAUGUGGACAGUCAGGAAUCAACAGGAAUACCAGCAAAACACCCAUGCUCAAGUUCAUCUAAACCAAUUCACUCGUUCCAAGACGCCUUUCUUCAAUUUCAACAAAGAGAUACCUUUUCAGAACACCAGGAAGAAUCGAUGAUGUCAUGGCACACCCCUACUAAUUAUUUCCCAAAGGCAACAAGUGAUCACAACAUGUUGAAGGAAGCUGAACCGAACAGUACUGAUGACGUGCAGACUCUACCCCAGUCGCUGCGUGCCUCAGAGAAAUGUGACCAGGAGGAAAAACAAGAACAUGGUACUGUCGCAAAUGGCGACCACCCCAGAAAAAGAAGGGGUCCAAAAACUGAAAUCCAAAUAAUAGAUGGCCAAGAAACUAUAGUCUGUUAUAUCGACGAGGAAGACUUGAAGUACCACAAUAGAGAACUUAUGGCUAAGUUAUCCAGUACUGACUCUCCCGAGGUAGUGAAAAGGCUAUUGGCCAAGCCUAUUGAAACCCAACAAGAACUAUUAGCAGCUACUUCAAAAAUGGUACCAUAUAAUAGUGAAGUAGCAAAACAAAACCCAUAUAACAAAUAUAUGCCAUUUAGUCCCAAUCACCCGCAACAUCCAAGGCUCCCAACGUUCGCUAAUACAGAGCCACAAAUAUUUCAGUCAACUGACAAAGUCCAAUCGAUUCCUUUUCAAGAUGCAAACAAUAACAAACACCUUCAAGAACAAAUCAAAAAUCAAAAAAUCAUGAACUUACCGCAAACACAUAUGAUGAACUCAUCCAACCAAAAACAUAGAAUUUUACCUUCGUAUAUGCCAACAUUCAUCUCUAACCAAAUCAAACCCCAAGACCACAGCAGUCCACUUAUGCCAACCGAUACGGUGAUCUGUAAGUUAUGUGGUGCUAAAUAUAACAACAUGGUCAGUAUGGAGAAACAUUUCAUAUAUUUCCAUAAAACAGAAGUUCAACAUGAAAACAUUGAGGUGAACUUUGCGAGUGAUGCGAAUGGGCAGAAUAAACAGCAGGUGGAGGCAGUUAACACUACAGCAACUGUGCCAAGUGAAGAUGGUUCAGAAAAGAUAAACAAAUUUCAGGAUUCGAUCAAGACUGUUGCUACAGAUGUGGCAACGGAAGCACAAAACAAUGACCGUAUUAACCCACCAUUUGAUACUCCACAAGACGAUGAAUCUAAGAUCGCCGCUGAAACAUUGAUAUCACUACAAAGUAGGCCACCCUCUGAGCUAAGAUUUGAUGAGCAAUUAAGGCUUCUAACAGAUGACAUUGACGCAGCCAACGUUUUGGUUGAUAUGAAACAUAACACUCCUCAAGUGUCCCCAGUAAAGCAAAUACCUCCUUCCACUGCAAUUUCAGUUGAUAAAUCGCCAGAUAAAGGAAAGGGCGUUGUUGGCGAGAAUGAAUGUAGCCAAGUUGGGCAUGAAUUAUGUGUAACUCCUGGACCUUAUCACCAAAAUCAUCAAGUACAAAACAACGUUUCCCAUGGAAAUGAUGCGUCAAAUGCCUUAAAGUGUGACACCCUAAAGAACUUGGCGAGUUCAACUAUUGAUGAACCUAUUAGUAUGAACCUUGAUAAACGUCAGAGUGACUUUAUCAAGGAACCUUGCACCACUGGUGUUACAAAGAAGGCCCGAAAGGCGACUGUAAAGCGUAAAAAAGAUCAGAUAGGAAAACCAUCUGUUCCUGCUAAAUCAAGUCAAGCUAAAAAGAAUAAAAUGAACAAUCGUAUCAACCGCAUAAAAAGAAACAGUAGUCCUGACUAUAAAUCAAAACAGAGAAAACAGACAACGCCGUCUACUUUGUCACAAGAGAAUGUUGGUCAAAAACGUAAAAAUACCAAAAUUCCAUCGCUUGGUGAUCAAUCCGAUGGAAAGUCAAUAAGCAAAAAUGAAACAUCGGACAAUUCCAAACAUAAAACAGAUAAUAUCGAAAGGGUUAAUAAAAGUGACAGUAUCAUCUUAAAACCAAAUAAGAAGUACGGCAAAAAGAGCUUUUUCAGAAUAUCAUUAAAGAAAUCAAAUAGCAAAAAUAAUUUAAAAAAGAAGAAAACAACUAGUAAAACAACAAAACUGAAGCCAGCAGACAAACAUGUAGAUAAAGAAAUCGAAAAUUCGAGCAAUGAUGUAUCUGAUGAGAAGGAAACAACAGUCACAUCGAAAGAUUGUGCUUCUGGAAGUAAAACUGUCAAAACUAAUGAGACUGACAUACUAAAUCAUGAGAAUAACAAAAAUGAUAACAUCAAAAAGCUGGAAACGAGCACAAGUGAAGUGAGGAGCAAUGGAAAUGGCAAAGCAGAUUCCCCCUUUGUGACAAAUGUCAAAAAUUCAGAAGCGACAGAGGUACCACCCGAAGAUACAACUCCUCUUGAGAAACAUGUCCAAUAUGCAGUGGAAAAGACCAUUAUCACAGAUCAAACAACUACAAAAGUUGAUGAAACAACCAAUCAGCCAAUUACUGAAGAAACUGAAAUAGAAGAAUCUGAAGAAACAUUCUUAGACUUAGAAGAUGAAUUGCCCGAUAUAGCAGAUGACGGAUUUGGUCGUCACGUAGUAAAAGGAGACAAAAAUACCGGGGAAUUGAUAAUUAAAAAUAUCAAUGACACUGAAACAGAGCAAUAUUUAGCAGGCAAAUCGAUGAGUAAUAACACAGACGAAGUCACAGAAAUGAAAGACAGUGACCAACCAUUCCAUACCAGCAAAGAGUCAUACGAGGAAGAAAUUGUUGAAGAAUUAAUUACAUUUGGGAACGAUUUCACCGAUGGUGAAGAAAGUCUAGGAAUUAAAGUGAUUUCCACUUUCUCAUUAGCAACACACGAUGGGACCAUUCCACCAGAACUUGCUUUGGAGCAUGGACUUUCCACCGAUCAGAAACAAAGCAAAGACACUAUAAGCCUAACAGGUUGUGAACGAGAAAAUGAUUCAAACUCUGACAGUAAUAAGCUAAUUAAAACGAGUCCAAUGAUUCAGUCUGCAGAGCCAUUGAAUGAAAAGAAUGUAGAGAAAGACAGUGACGUAAACAAUUCAUCAAAAAUUGAAAUGCCAAAUGAAAUGACAAAUAGAACAGUGGACGGUCAGGAAAAUGAAAAUAAAAUGGCAAGAGAAACAGUGAAAACAAGUGAUGCUAUUUCCGACGCUCUGGAGGCUAAAGUCAACAGAGUAACUGAUGAGGAAAAUAUAACGAUAGAUAAGAAUGAUACUCCAGUAUCUUCAACUGAGUCCACUACAAUUAUUACAGAGAAUCUUACAUUACUAGACACAGAGGUAUCGACUAAAGGUACAAUCAGAAAGCAAGAAAUUAAUGAUCCCUCGGGUAAGCAAGACAGACAAGUGUCUUCAAGCCACGACGACCAAAACUUGUCAAGUAGACUCAAUGUUUUCGACAUUCUCUCAGCAACAAAGAGCGACGAUGAAAAAAUGUCUAGUUCGAGAACUUUAAGAAUAAAUUCAGCACCGAUGGAAUCCAUAGAACCAGACACACCGCCCCAUACUGUUUACACAUCUAAAGAUCAUAAGCUAGAUACCUUCCUAGAAAAGGCAAAGAGAUUUGGCCAGAUGUUGAAAAAGGAAUCGUCAUUUGGUGACACAAGUCCAAUCAAGCAAAAUCCAAUUUGUGAAAGAAGUUUUUCUGAAAAUUUCCCUCGAUAUGAAGUUAUCAGCAAAGACAUAUCAAAGAGACAAACGCCACUGGACACAAACAGGGCUGUAAAAUUGAAACGCAAUGCUAGGAAGUCCACUCGAUCAAGUAACUGGGUAAAUAACUUCAACAAAUUUGCUCAAAAUAUGCCUAAACAUUAUCCAAAUGAUAAUGUCAAAUCUCCAGAAAGUAAUGCUGGAAGUAAAUUUCAGUCUGGGGACCCAAAAGGUAUAAAAACGAAAUUCAAUCAAUCAGAGGAUGGUUAUAAUACACAACCAGCGACAGUGAAAAAGGAGAAGGUUCUUUUGCGUAAAAAUGCCAGGAAAUCUGGGGUUUCAGCUGCAGAGUUGAACCUUGCAAUUGUUUCUCUGGAUACAAAGCGUAGACCUAAGCAACAAAGGGACCACAUGCCUUCUCAGACAGAAAAGCAAAAGCGCGGAGAAGUGAGUAACACUUUGUUGCCCUUAGAAAAACGACCCAAAUUGUCCAGAUCUUCGGACACAAUGGAUAGCAACACGUCGGACGGCAUUAAUAAAGUCGACACACUUAAGAACUCAAACGAAAGUCAAACAUCAAGUAAAACAUUGGAUAGUAAACCUAAAAACAACAAAACUGGAAAGAAACGUCAAAUUGAUGAUACAACCGAUCAACUCCAACAACUAAUUGGAAUCGUAACGAAACGUACUGAAAAAUUAAAAAAGCCCGUUCAGCAACAAGCAGCCCCAAAGAAUAACGCAGAAAUGAAUGGACAUAAAAAGAAAUCUGAUAAGGCUGACAAACCUAUUACGGAACAACAAAACACAAGUCGUAAUAAAACAAUAACUAAAGAGACAAACAAAAGAGACAUUAUAAAGCAAACAAUGCCAAACAAAGAACAUACAGUGAAUGGAUUUAGUCAUCUUAGAAAUAUGUUUUCGAAAGCUAAAGAGACGGAAAAGAUCAGUGAUCAAGCCAUAGAAAAGAGAGACAAUGAAACUAAAGCUAAGCCUAGCGUACAACAAACAGUUGAAGGAUUUAGCCAUCUUAAAGAUAUGUUAACAAAGGGGAAAGCAACCAUUGAGCAAGUAGAACCUACUUGUCCAAAUGAUUCAGAUGAAGACGAAGGGAACUUAUUUGAAAUACCAAUUAAAGAAACAUUGCCCAUAAAAGAAAACUAUCCUCAUGCUAAUAAUCAUUCAAUAAACGAAUCUGGAAUACCAAUCGCUGACAACAGCCACAAAGAACUUGAUAGUUUAGUUGAUACAACAAAAGAUAAGGUCGUUUUGAAAACUAUAUCUUCCAGGAAAAUGAGUGAAGAUGAUAACUCCAGCGAUGAUGAGAAAGAAAAAAUAAAAUGCCAAAACCUUUUGAUGAAAUUACAAAAUCUAAGAGCCAUAGCUCGAAAAUCUUAUGAGAAACAAAUCGAAGGGAAAUAUAGCGGAUCCAGCGAUGACGAAUCAGACGAUGACGUGAUUGAGGUUUCGAAAAAUAAUCUCCAGAAACUUGAUACACCUGACAUAGACGGUGACAGUGAUGACGAGUUACCCGACAUACUUAAAGAAAUGACAGCAAAACAUAAUACAUCGAUGAAUAAACCAGCAAAACAAGCAUGUGCUACUGUGAAAAGCACAAUGGUUAUAAAACCUGACAAUGCAGGCCCGGUUAAUUCAAAAUCCUGUAUAAUAUCAAAGAAAAACGUAUCUACUUCAAAGAGGCGUAAACGGUGUCCAUCUGAAAGGCACAAUGAUGACCUGCAUAGUUUUGAUGUCCGUACCAAGCCGUGUAAAGUGCUACUCAAAGAUAUCAGCAAAGAUAUAAAGUACAAGGAUGCCAUGGAGUUUAUGACAAUAAAGCUUUCAAAAUGCUACGGACUACCCAAGUAUGGUCUCUCAGAUCAAGAUGAGAUAGACCAAAGAGAAAAACGUAAAGAAGAUAACAAGAAAAACAAGAGAAACAUGAAGCAGAACACAGGAGGUUCAAGGUUGAAAAAUAUUAACUGUGACUCAGUUAGUAGUGAAAGCUCCACAGCACAUUUCAGGAAUAAAGGGACUGGCAAUGAGCGAGCGAUCAAGAGAAAUAAAAUAACAUGUAAGAAGCAAAGCAUCCAAGACGAUAAAAGAAUGGACGGCAAACAAAGCAACGAGGAUAAUGGAAAAACAGACAUUAAACAAAGUGAAAGGGAUAUCAAAGUGACAGGCGGCAAACAAGGCAAAGAGGGUAAUGAAGAGACAGACAAAAAUCAAAGUAAUGGCGAUAAUGAAGAAACUGACAACAAACAGAGCAACGAGGAUAAGAAAGGAACUGCCAUCAAACAAACUGACAUAAUGCUAUGUAAUAAGGAUAAUAAAGAAAUGGACAUAAAACAAAGCAAUGAGAAGAAUAAAGGGAGAGACGACAUCAAACAAGAUAUAGGGAAUAAUGAGGGAACAGACAACAAACAAAGCAAUGAAGACAGUAAAGGCACAAACAACAAUCAAAAAAAUUGUAAUGAAGAGACAAACAGCAAGCACAGCAAUGAGAACAAUAAAAAGAGAGACUCUGACGUUAUGGAUCCAAAAGAUGAACAUUCCAUUGAAUUUGACGAACCUCAGAGUGACGACGGUAAUGAGUCCGACGCUUCAGAAAGUACUAUUCCGUUUGAUAUUGUGUCUUUUUCAAGUAGUUUGAGUGAAUUCAUUGAGUGCUGAUAACGGCUCAAUCAAGGACAUUAAUAUUAUUUCUGAGUUUAUAUUGAUUGUGAUUCACUAAAAUGACUGAUUCAAUAAAAUAAAAUGAGCACGUUUGUGAAAAAGAUAUAUUAUUAAAUUGGUGCCACGUACUUUUUUUUAAAUUUGCUAGAUUGGACAAUAUUUUAUAGUGAGACAAAAAUAUAAUUUAAAUUUUUGUUAAGAUAUGAUGAUUUAGUCUGGAACCAAAGGUUUGAAGCAGUUUAUAUCGUGAAAGUCUUCUGUCCAAGUACUAAAAACGAGAUGCCCAAACGUAUACAUUUGGGUUGCUUUAAGAAUAGGGCUGGUCGUCAAUGUUUAGUUUCUCAAGUUAUUGCUGAGCCAAAAUGUUUCAAGUGUCUAUUCGUUGCCAUGGAAACGGAUUCUGCGUAAAAUCUAAACAUUUAACUGAAUGAGUUUAAGGUCAAUUUGACCAUUCUUCUCAAAGAACAUCACUAUAACAUCAGUCUAACAUUACAAAACAGUUAAGUGUUUAUGUUGUGUUUGACUUUGUUUACUUAAUGCGAGACUCAAAUGACCUGUAUAGACCAGACCGAAAACAAAAAAACAACCAUUCGUCUUUGUCAGUUCAAGCAUUUAAACGGUAAUACUAUGCUCAAAAUGUUUUUUUCAAAAAGCGAACAGAAUCAUAAUACUUAAAUGUUACUGAAACACAAUAUUCUUUCUCUCCGGGUUACUCUGAUAUAUACACUCCCCUUCAGAAGUUUGGC